AUGUGCUUCCUAUUCAUGGACCCGGACCUCAUCAUUGAUGAGCCCGAAUUGCAAUCUGCCAACCUCAACACGGACAAAAGAGGGGACACACUAUCAAGAAAUGAAGCUUCACCGACCCGCCAGGGAUACGAGCCUCGUGAUUUAAAAGACCUGACUGGUCAUACUUUCGGUACAAUUCCUCCGGAUUUCAAGCCAGUACUUACCAUACCAUGGACACAGCGCCCUGAUCAAGGCAUCUCGGAACUUCCAGCCGACCUGACGAUCAUUGAGAGGUUUACCACAGUCACUCGGUCAGAACAAUCCAUAACGACGAGCAGUCCGCCAAGGCUCACCCCAGGCACCGAGAUAGAGAUAAUCACCAUUACUGAUGGAACUAAGUUCAUCCCCCCAAGCAGCACAUCUGACGUGAUGAGUUCCAGUCAGGAGUCAGAGCAUACUUCUACUGAGGUGCUCAGCUUGAGCACCGAGACAACAUUGCUCGCCUCAUCCUCUUACGGUGAGGCAAGCUCUUGGACUACAUCAUACACAACCGAUUCAAGCACAGAGCUUCUACUACCGUCUUCAUCCCCGCCUGUAUCUGGAACGCCAGCUCCAUCAGAUGCCACAAGAAUUAUAAGAGGGGUUUUUGCAGGUGUUUUUGCCCUUUUGGUCGCGAUAUUCGUGUUUUAUUUGGCACGAUGGUUCGUAAAAGGACCAAAAUCGCAGCAUAGAGAGCAACAUGAACUGCAACAUGAACUGCAACCUGAACCACGACAUCAACCGCGAUAUGAGCCGCGACCUGAACUGCAUAAUGGACCGCAGUAUGGGCCGUCAUCUAAUGUGUCUGUCACUGUCUGCCAUAACCAUGCCGAGAUACAGCCACAACAAGCGGUGGCGGAAAACACGUGGAAAGCUUGA